AUGUCAUACACAAAUCAAAAAGUCUCAAGCCCUGUCCUUGGCCAGAGAAACUUCGCGUAUGCGAGAAACUACUUUCCCGCCAGAAGCCCAAUCCUUGGUGGCAGAGACAGCUCUGAAGAUGGAUUAGACGAUGUCUCUGGAACUGAUUCUACUACUCAACAUCACGGAAUGUCUCGCGGAAACGCAACAGGUCGCUCUUGGCCAUGGCAACCACCUCAUACCUCAAGAAAGCCACUUACAGCUAUGGCAAGACCAGCACCCGAGCGCCAGUUAAGCUCAUCUCCUGAAUUUACUCCCGCAAGCCCAGCCUUCGCUACUGCAGGCCUUACCAACCAACACUCUCCUGAAUUUGCCCCCAGAAGCCCAAGCUUUAACCCAAGCUCUUCCGGUCCCUCGAAUGCUCUUUAUGCUCAUUAUCAACCCCAGCCCCAAAGCCCAGCACCGGGCCCUUCUUUUCUCCCCGAUUAUCAAUCUCCGGGAAUGAAUUAUCGAGAACACUUUACUUCGUAUAGGGCCAGACCACAAAAUUCCUUUGCAACGCAACCACAACCUAUGUUGCCAAGCGUUGCAGAUGGGUUACUCCGACAUAUGGGAAACAUGAAUAACUCGAAGUUUUCAUGGACACACUCAAAGGGUUCUAGCAGAAAGCGACCAUUGGAAGAAGAUGACGAUUUCUUUGCACCACCUUCUAAGCGACGUGAGUAUAGUGCAACACAAAUGUUUGGACUUCACCAUGAGACCACUCCUAGGGCAGCAGGCCAGACACUUAACAAUGCUCGUAACAGAGUCUACGCCAGUAGAAACCACAGUAUCACUCCUGUCGAAGAAGAUGUCGAGAUGAACAAUUGUAGACCUCCCGCAAGCUCAAAUCCCUUUGCUGGAAUGGUUUAUGAAGCAGCACCUUCAACACCGAGAGGACUUGCUGCCAAUGAAUACAACAGACCUCGAGCAUCAUUCCCAUGUGGGAUUCAAUACGUUACUACUGAGACGGCGUUUGGAUCCAAUUAUUCAGGCGAACCUGGGUUGGUAAUUCAACAGAAGCCAAUUGUUGCUCCUGCUCGUGGCGCCAGUUCACUCAAUACCGCUGUUGCUACCGAACAAGCACAUCGCAAUGGAAUUUCGGUUGUUUCCUCACCCUCACAGACCUCACCGCAACUUCCGAGCUUUGGUUCUCUUUUCACUCGCCCAAGCCAUGAUCAAUAUCCACAGGUCUCGUCAGAUACUUCGAACAAUGACUAUCCCAUGGAGCCCCAAAACAACGUUAAUAACUAUACUAAUCUUUUCAGUCCAUCACCACAACGUUCCAUUCGUGCUGAAGUCUUCCACUCCCUCGAAGCCCACCAUGGCUCCGUCGAUACAAAUACUGUUGAUCAUUUGAUCCUUCAUUCGUAUGCUCCUUCUCCUGCUUUAUCAGAGGGCUCUACUCAUGAUACAGAGAACCAAAGCUCAAAUGAAAAUCCUCGCGUCGCAUCCCCCCAAGAGAAAAACCCAAUCAACAGACAUGAAACAGAUUCCGUCACUCUUGCUGAAGACACUCCUCGACUCUCUAUCGAGGCCACUGAUAAUUUCGACAAUGAAUCAGUUGUCUCUCACCAUUCCAACAACAACAUUGACGAUGACAAUAACAACCAAUUCUCAAUUCUCCAAGACCAGGUGAGCGAUCUCGGAGUAGAAUUGGACGAAGUUUAUGAAGAAGUACAACAGCACCGCAUCGAUUUCGAUGAUUUGAAGACCCAAAACAUUCAACGCGAUACAAAACUCUCAACCCUAUCUACUGACGUCGAAGAACUAAAACAAGAAGUCCUAUUCCAAUCCAAUAUAACCUCACAAUUGCGCUCCGAAGUCGACACACUCAAUGCAGAAGCUUCCGAGCACAAAUCUCGAUUUGAAGAAUUGAUCAAGUUGGUGGUUGAAGUAACCGAACGAUCCAAUCUUCACGGUGAAAAAAUCAAGAAGCUCACUCAGCAAGAUGCGGGAGCAGAUGAUGAGACUGCGAAUAACAAUAAUAAUGGCAACAACGUGGAUGAAGUUGUGGCUUUGAAGGAAGAAGUUGAGAGACUCCAGAAGGAAGUCCUUACAUUGCAGAAUGAGGCAUUGAAGAAGGAGAUUGCGGAGUUGCGCGCGAGUAGAGGUAUUUAG